AUGACAGGGCACUCGGAGGAAGAGGCAACAUCUCAGUCCGUGAAGGAGGGCAGAGAAAAACGUGUAUCAUUUCCCCCAGAUGAGCAGAUGGUGUCUGACUUUGUGGAGAGAAGGACUGAACUUCAAGAGGCUGACAGUCUCACUCUGACAGAUAUAAUUCUGGCCUACAAGCAGAGCUGUGAAAAGCACCAUGUGAAACCAAACUCAAAGGCUCUUGAUCAAUUAAAGCAAAUUACUUGUGUUACUGACAGAGCCAGGUGUUUUGACCUGUCAGGUGAGCAGUUAGAUUAUUGCUCCUGCGAAUCUCUUGAAGAGAUCCUGAAAUCAGUGCAAUUUGAUUUUAUCAGUCUGCAGGGGGCCGAGCUUGAGGAAAAUGGAGCAUCAUCUUUGCUAGAUAUGUUUUUGUACUACGAGUCAGCUACACACCUCGAUGUGUCCUCGAACUCCGGCAUGGGAUUCUCAGGUUGGCUGUCACUGUCACACCUCCUCCGACAGAGUGGAUGCCUGUGGAGGCUGGAUGCUUGCAACAUGCCUAUGGUGGACUAUGCUGCGCAGGCCUUGUCAAAAGCCCUUCUCACCAGCAGGCUGACAGUGCUACACCUUGAAAACACCUGCCUGAGCGGCAAACCUCUCUUCACAGUUGUCGGUGCUCUGAAAAGGAACAUCGCUUUGCAGGAGCUUUACCUCUCUGAAAACAACCUUAAUGGCUACCAGGACUCCAUGCAACUUGGCGACCUCCUCAAAUACAACAGCACUCUUAAAACCUUGGACCUGAGCAACAAUACCGUGUCUGACUCAGGUUUGGAGGAGAUCUGUGAUGCUUUGAGCUCUCAGAAGACUGGUUUGAGAGCGCUGAUACUGAGUAACAAUCACAUCACUCAUCUUGGCAUGAGCCAUCUACAGAAUGUUCUGCCCCGCUUAAAAACACUCGAAACAUUGAACCUUGGCAAAAACAACCUUGAGAACAGAGGCAUUCACACGUUAAAGGAGUCCCUAAUGAUCAAUCGCUCUUUAUUGCAACUUGGCCUAGCUUCCACAGGAAUAACAUGCGAGGGUGCUGUGACUUUGGCUGAGAUCCUUGCAGAGAGUCCACAGAUCCAGCGUUUGGAUGUACGGCAGAACCAGGUGCUUGCUGGGGGCCUCAUGGCUCUGUCGUUGGCCCUAAAGAUCAACCGUUCACUCAUCAGACUGGAUCUGGACCAACAUCUGAAAGAGGAAAAGGAGGACUUCCUGGUCGCAACGCAGAAGACGCUGCUGAGCAGGAUCUCCGAUCUGUGUGCGGCGAACGCAACGGCUGCCAAGGGGACGGCUCUGCGGCCUGCUUCUCCAGACCCGGCCGACUGCGCCGAGACCACCUAUCCGCUCCCCACCCAAACAGCUGACUAGAAGACAUAUAAGCAUAAUAAUUCUAUGGCAAAUAACGAUAACCAUAAAACUCCAAAUCCUGGUAAUAAAGCCGAAGCCUCACUCCCUAAUGAAACAGUGGCCCUCCUGCUGUUUCCUGCCUAAUGUUCCCGCCGAGGCUUCCUCCACUUUCCAUAAAGCAAUUUUGCAAGCCCACUCCCAACGUGAAUCAUCUCGAAACGAAGAGAAGCCUCUCCCUCCAUCUCUCCUUGUGUCCCCGGAGGGUGACGCUGACUAAAUCUGUGUUGAUACAGAGGUGUGCUCUAAAUCCUGUUUGCUCUGGUUCCAUCUCCCCUAAUAUUCACACUCGUGUAUGAGGCCCCUUCCCUGCCUGCGUCUGCUAAUGUAGCGUAUCGUCGUCUGGAUGACAAGACGACAUCGGCGAGCGCCUCAAACUCCCUCACAUGUAUCGUUUACUGCUGGUGCAGAGAAUCACAAUGUGUGGGAAGGAGAACAUAUGUUAAAUUUAAGAAGCUGGGAUUUACCUCUGCGCGGGUCUUAGUUUACAUGUGCUACUCAACGCUAGCCAACAACAAAGGACGAAUCGCUUUUUCUUUCGGUUUACAUUGCGGAUGCACAUGAAAAGGUGUUAUAUCUGAAAAUAUAGGUGUCUUUUGUGGAACUCGCACUAAAUACCAUCUGCCGUGUGUCUUUAAAUUCAAGGUAAUUAAGAAUACAUUUAGUAAAUGAAAAACAACCUUUCUGAAAUGCAAUAAAUGAGAGUUUGAACAAUGAGAUUGAGUUUGUAAAUUUGAUUUGAAUUUCCGUUAACAUUUCCAGUCUGUAUGUAAUUAUGGUCUCUAAAAAUAGGCUUGUGCAUUUUUUAAUCAAUUAGAUUUAAUUUCUCCAACACAUGCCAUUAAUUCAUUACCAAUUAAUGAUGUUUACCUAUAAAUUGUAAAAAAAAAAAAAAAAGAAACUUUAAAGUAUAAAAAAAGAAAAGAAAAUGCAUCUAAACUGAAAAUUUUAUUUAAAAAUAAGUAAAGGCCUUUCCAAAAUAAGAAACGUCAGAAAGAUGAAUUGUUGCACACACAUUGCAUAUCAAAAACUGCAGUAUUCGCACUCAGAGAUUUGAAUGCUUUUCUUGGCAAAUCCCAAAUUACUCAAAGAUUUCUUGAUUGACAGAUGAGGGGGGGAUAACUGUAUUUAGCCAGGGACCAUCAUUCCUCGUCUGGCAUGAUUUGGGUCUCAUGGAGGAUUGGCCCCCCUGGUGUCUGCCCCCCUCCUCCUCUCGGCACGGGGCAGGGGCAGAUUGACAGAACAGCAUGGGGGCAAGCGCCGCUGUGCCAACAGCCCCCCCACGCUCUACCUGAUGUUUUCAACAAAGGCUUCCAUCUCACCAACUCCGCUGCCGAACAUCGCCCAGCCAGCUUCAACCCACCCCGGCUCUGGAACAAACAGACUUUGAAACCUGAUCGUAAGGAUGUUGGGAACAGAUGC